AUGUCGCUCGUUCCGGUGCAGUACCGUACGUGGUGGGACGAUUGGGACCUGCCGCUGUACACGCGCGUCCUCGAGAAGUCGAUCACGCAGGAGGUGCUCGGUUCGGAUGACUACUGGCGCGUGCCACCGCUCGCACCACUGCGCUGGUCCAGCCUGUACCGGCCGUGGCGCUACUUCAGCCUGCGGGACGUCGGUGCCAAGGUGGACACGGAUCGGGAUCGGUUCCAGAUCGAGAUCGAUGUGCACCAGUUUCUGCCGCACGAGGUCACGGUACGCCGCACGGACAAGUACGUCACCGUCGAGGGCAAGCAUGAGGAGAAGCGGGACGAGCAGGGUUACGUGUCACGCCAGUUCUCUCGCCGCUAUCUGGUACCGAUUGGUUAUGAUGCGAACCUGAUCGUCUCUUCGCUCUCGUCCGACGGUAUACUGACCGUCACUGCCCCGAGGAUCGGACUGCCGGCGCCGAAAGUCGAAAAGUAUGUCCCCAUCUGGCACACCGGUAAACCGGCCAUCGAGGACAAGAAUUCGCGGCGCUGCUUGACGUACUACAAGUAA